CGAUGUCAUCUUUACUCGAUUACUUUUGUCUGCAGGCAAUAUGGCAGCGGACUGUCAAAUGUGAUCAUUUUACGUGUCAUAUUUUCUCUUUAUUUUUGUUUUUUGAAGUCUCCUGACGAGAUGGGUUUGACCCAAAGUUUGGAUGUAUCUGACGGAGGAACGUAUGGCUAUCACGUCCACGGUGUGCAGCCGAAUUCUCCUGCGGAGAAAUGUGGACUGCAACCAUUCUUUGACUUCAUUUUGUCUCUGGAUCACAAAAGACUUAAUGUAGAAAAUGACAUGUUGAAGGAGGUCCUGAAAGCCAAUAUGGAAAAAGCGGUGAGCAUGGAAGUGUACAGCACCAAGAGCAUGAUGAUUCGUGAGUUGGAGGUAACGCCGAGCAAUAUGUGGGGAGGACAAGGACUGCUGGGGGCAAGUGUUCGCUUCUGCAGCUUCCAAGGAGCCAAUGAGAAUGUUUGGCAUGUUCUGGAUGUGGAAACCAGUUCACCUGCUGCGCUGGCAGGCCUCCAUUCCCACACUGACUACAUCGUUGGAGCAGAUCAAUUGUUGCAAGAUUCAGAAGACUUCUUCUCGCUGAUUGAGGCCCAUGAGGGGAAGCAAGUGAAGCUGCUGGUGUACAGCGCACUCACAGAUGACUGCAGAGAGGUUGUGGUCACACCCAAUGGUGCAUGGGGAGGCGAAGGAAGUUUAGGUUGUGGCAUUGGGUAUGGUUACCUGCAUAGAAUCCCUGUUCAUCCUGACAUAUCAACACCAAAGACCCCCGGGCCCCCAACUCCAGAGGAGAAGCCACCUCCAGAACUGCCUAACCACGGCUUCACAGAGGCACCCUUGAUGGCACCUUCAAGCCCAAGUGAGGAUGUGUUAGACUUGAGUCAGCUCAGCCUCCAAAGUACUUCUCUUCUUCCUCCUGUCAUGGAUCCUGGCUUGUCUGACUCUGGAGUGGCAGCGUUGAGCCCCGUACCUGCUGAAUUGUUGGAGAAGCUAGAUGUUUCCUUGUCGUCUGUCGACAUGAACGACACCUCCCUUGCACUGAACUAUGAGAAAGAGGAGGACAUCUCCGGUGUUGAGGCACUGGAUGGAAGUGAACUGCAUUGUUCCAAAGAGAUCACCCAUCAAGAGCAAAAUCCCCCCACCUCCGUGAAUCUCGCAUCUGAUUUCGGCAUUUCAGCGGAAGAGCCAUCUUACCUCAAGUCCACUCACAUUGGUGACACCUUCUGCGAGUCCAGUCAUAGCCACAGUCCACCACUCAGAGCGCCGUCUCCCUGCGCAGACUCGCUGGACCCAGACGAUGAACAACAUCUCUGUCCACCUGCUACUGAUGUGCUCCCAGGUGAGUCCCAAAUAGAUGACUCACCCACUCAGGAAACUGAAGAUCAGUCUAAAGAUGAGACUCGCAUUCAUCAAUGUGAGCACGGGGACACUGAGAAUCAACCGCAAGAGCUAAAGUAUGAGUGAGACUGCACCGGGCUUGGUGAGUGGAGCGAGCACAAAGCAAGCAAAAAAAAAAAAGCCAGUGACAAUCGCUUUCAUUUUUGUUUUUAAAGACUGGCAUUAUAAGUCUGUACAGUGCUCAUCAUUGAGUAGCCAUGUAACAGAACUGUUAGAAAACAAAUCAAAUUUUCUACAGCAAAUUAUAUACAAAUAAUGAUGAAUUAUAAAUAAAUGUAACACAUGCGAUUUUAAAAUUAAUUUGAGCGGGUGCUGCUAAACCCUUACUAGCCAAUUUGAUCGGUGAUGCAUGACAAUCUUAGUACUCAUGCCUAAUUAAUUAGUGAAUUAAGAAUUUACUAGAACACUGCAUAUGACAUUGUCAAGCUGGGCCAAAUCAAACAUUUAAAAAACACCGGAAUUCAACUACUUAGUCCAAUCGUCAAAUUUCUGAACAUUUCUGUACUAUUCACUGAGAAAUGAGAUGGGGGGGGGGGGGUUAUUAUGUUGAGCAUUGUAAGUACGAACUCCACUUUCAAUGAAGAUAGAAAAGGUCAUGUAACAGUUUUGUAAACAUGGCCUUGUCCUAGGUUUUUUUUUUCUGUUGCAAGCAUAAAAUGCAAAAUGAGUCAAUAUUUGAAAAAAAUGGUUUGAAUAUUGUAUAUCUUGGCUUUGUUAGUGUAUUCAAUUACAUAUAGUUUGAAAGGGAUCCGCAAAUUUAGGGUUUGUGCAAGGCAGAGGGAUCGAUCCAAAAAGGUACAAUCUGUUAGCGGUUUAUGUGAGAUCAAUAAGUUACUUCUGGUUUUUGUAAUAUUUUUCAAAAAAUUGAUUGACAUCCUAAAUAUUGUCGUGGACACUUUCAAAGAUAGAAAUCCCAUCAAAUCCAUCACAACAGUGCAAAAUAAUACUUGAUGAAAUGACAGGCUGACUUUUGGAAUAAUUAUAUUUAUUAAGCAGCUUGUGCUGUUGAUGUAGUUCACUUGUGGCUUUUUAAGAGCUCAUUUCUAACAUGUUUUAACCCAGGCUCUUGUUUUACAAUUGGUGAAGCUAGUUGUAGUAACCUAGUCGGCUUGAGGCCACCAACUGCAGUUUUGUGAUCUAUGCAACAAUAGACAACUUUACUUGAUGAAGAAAGCAAUAGAAUAUAGGUAAUGUUUGUAGAUGUCAUUAUAGUCAUGGUGCUUUUGAGUCAUGUUUUUGGUUUUUAUUUCUGGGAGGGGGUGUUGCUUAAGUAUUUUUGCAGAUAUUGUAUCAAUGAAGUGUAUAUAUAAAGUAUCGAAACAAA